AUGGUCGAUAGGUAUGGAGAUACCGACAUGGACAUGGACGAGCAGCCCAGCCAGACAGAAUCCGACCCCAGCCACCUGGAGCCCGGCCCGUCACAGCCCGACCUCGUCAUACCAGGCAGCAUCAACGGCCGGAUGCCAACGCCCAUCAAUUGCAGCUUUGCGGCCCAAGUGCGAGGUAACAACUGGGGCGGUGCUGCCGGCAAUAUGAUGCAGCCAGCAGAUGGCUACCACAACGGCACUCGGCAUCACGAGGCGUUCUCGAGUAUGGCCGGCAUAGUGGCCGACCGAUCGGUGCCCCGGUCUCUGGACAAUGCCUCUGCGAUGGCAGACUGGGGCAUGGUGCAGAACCGACGACUUCCCUCACCCAUUAGUGAAAGCGGAGGCGAGGAGAGCGGUUCGCCCGUCAUGGUCCUCGACGGCUCGCCGUCCAUUCGGCAACAUCCGGGCAUGCCACCGCGAGCCGCAUCGGCCAUGGCCUACAGUGGUACCACACAAGGGGAGAGCCCUGUGGCCGACCAUUCUCACGCUCACAUGGACGCAUAUGGAGCCCACGCUUCAGAAGAAGCGAUGGAUGUCGAGCCGUGUUCGACGCCCAGCCCGAAGAAGGGCCACACACGGUCUCGGCACACUCUCAACAACUGGACUCUGCAGCCCGGCAUGAAGAAGUCGUUCAGCAUAGGAUACAGAGCAGACUGCGAGAAGUGUCGGCAGAAAGUCCCUGGUCAUUUCAACCACAUCAUCGUCUCGUGA